CAUCCUCCUGCCCCUGCUCCCGGCGAGCUUCAACGUCACCUCGACAAGUGAGAACGCCGCCUUUGAAGCAAACCUCGCAACCACCUCGCGCGCCUCUCACUCGCACCAACCUUCUCCGCGAGUUCAAAUUGCGCGUUCCUUUCCAAAAUCGUGGCUUUUCCCGAGCCAACCAGUCUCUCCACUCGUCGGCUGGUCGAUUCCGAGAACACUUUCCUCCCAGCUCGCGGACAUUCCACACCAUCACGCCUUCCGCUGCCCUUCCCAGCGAACAUGUCAGACCUCGCGAGCCGAAUCACGGACCCGAAGGAGACCGCGAGCGAAGCGGUCUUAGCUCCGACAGCCGCUGAGGCUCCUGCUGGUGACGACCCCAUCGUUGCCGAUGCCCAGGCUGAUGGUACGGUCGAAGCCCUCGGGGGCUCGGGACUGCACGAGCCAGAGUUCGAUGUUGAAGUAUCGCUCAGCGAACUCCAGGACAAUGAAGCCACGCCUUUUCACUCUGCUACUACGUGGCAGGACCUAGGCCUCUCGGAGACCAUUCUUAAGGGCCUCUUGGCUCUCAAAUUCCUGAAACCUUCCAAGGUUCAGGGCAAGUCUUUGCCCUUGAUGCUUAGCGACCCCCCGAGAAACAUGCUGGCCCAGUCCCAGUCCGGAACCGGGAAGACGGCUGCGUUCGUCACUGCGAUAUUGUCGCGGGUCGACUUCAGCCAGCCUGAACAGCCUCAAGCGCUGGUUCUGGCCCCGAGCCGAGAGCUUGCUCGCCAGAUUGAGGGUGUCGUCACUGCUAUUGGCCGUUUCGUCGAGAACCUCAAGAUCGCUCCCGCGAUUCCUGGUGCCCUACCUCGUGGUGAACCUGUACGUGCUAGCGUGGUUAUCGGCACGCCUGGCACUGUCAUGGACAUUAUUCGUCGCAGGCAGCUUGAUGUGUCGAAGUUGCGAGUCCUUGUCUUGGACGAGGCGGACAACAUGCUUGACCAGCAAGGUCUGGGUGAUCAGUGCAUGAGAGUAAAGGGCAUGCUUCCAAGAGAUAUUCAGAUCCUGCUCUUCUCCGCUACAUUCCCCGACAAAGUCAACAACUACGCGUCCAAGUUUGCACCAAACGCGCAUACCCUGAAGCUGCAGAGAAGCGAGCUUACGGUCAAGGGUAUCUCGCAAAUGUUCAUUGACUGCCCUGAUGACCACACGCGCUAUGAAGUGCUUUGCAAGCUCUAUGGACUGAUGACCAUUGGACAGUCGGUCAUCUUUGUCAAGACACGUGAAAGCGCCAACGAAAUUCAACGCCGCAUGGUCGCUGAUGGCCACAAGGUCUCGGCACUUCAUGCUGCUUUUGAUGGCAACGAGCGAGACGAUUUGCUUGCCAAGUUCCGCAACGGCGAAAACAAAGUUCUGAUCACGACCAAUGUUCUGGCCCGCGGCAUUGACGUGUCCAGUGUAUCUAUGGUCAUCAAUUACGAUAUUCCGAUGAAGGGACGUGGUGAUAGCGAGCCUGAUGCCGAGACGUAUCUCCACCGCAUCGGCCGAACAGGUCGAUUUGGCCGUGUCGGUGUGAGCAUCAGCUUUGUCUACGACAAGAAGAGCUUUGAUGCUCUCAGCAAGAUUGCCAGCGCGUUCGGCAUCGACCUCGUUCGCCUUGAUACGGAUGACUGGGACGAGGCUGAGGAGAAGGUGAAGGAGGUGAUCAAGACGAACCGCGCACAGGCCAGCUACGCGCCCAGCGCGACGGACAAGGCCAAGGCGGUGGAGGCACAGGCAGCCGUGCAAGCGCAAGCUCCGGCACCCUAGGUAUGGCCAGGUCCUGCGCAUGUCACGGCGACGCCAUUCUCGACCGUUCAGAAAGGUUCGGCGGCGGCGGAUACGUUCAACUACGACUGGUAGGAUGGAUGUGGUCACAUGUCGCCAUGCCAUUACGAGUUCUGCGUACAGUAAGGACGGGGAGAUCUCGGAGGCAUGGCCAUGGAGGAAUCUGUUAAUCCCAAGCCGAGGAUGCAAAAGGGUUUGCGGGCUUGGGACGGGACGAAAGCUUGGAGGACAUGGCGACACCGCGGACGGACUGUGGAGAGACUUGAGCUGGAAGCGAGACGCAACUACCUGCCAAGUAUUAGACAGGAUGAGGUCAUGACAAGAUACCACGAAGAAAGAAGUAAUCAGUCAACAAUGAGCGACUGUCGGUCCCGUG